AUGGCUCUUAGCAGGUUGGUUGCGUCGCGAUGUCUGCCACUGUGCUCAACGGCCGUCAAUGCACAGUCGAGAGUUCUAAGUGUCCUCAGUGAAAUCGGUGGAAGUGUGCCCCUCGGCAGUAGUGCUCUAGUGAAACAAGCCCGACGGAUCAGUGCCAGUUCUCGGGCGGGCGAGAAGCUUGCCACGGCCAAGACGGUCCAAAAGCACGACUGGAACCGGGCCGUUAGUGAGGCGGAACAGAUCGUCGGUUAUCCGACAUCAUUUCUGAAUCUUCGUUUUUUGCUGAGCGACGAGAUUGCGAAUGUGGCACUACAUUUGCGGAAACUUAUUGGAAGCAAUCAUCCGUUGCUGAAGUCAGCUAAGUCACUCAUCUACAACGACAAAAGUCAACAGGCAUGGGGUCUGAUCAUACUGUUGAUUUCCAAAGCGGCCGGUCACACCGCCUCGGUUCCGGAGAUGGAUCAAGACCGCAGCGUGGGUGUGUUGCAUUCCCAGCGGGCACUGGCCGAAGUUACGGAAAUGAUUCGAAGCUCACAGCUGAUCCACCAGGGAAUCAUCAAUCUGCAGUCGAUGGACAAUGCGGGGAAUGACCUCAGCGGUGACAGUGAUAUGAUUUUUGGCAAUAAGAUCGCCCUUCUGGGUGGCGAUUAUUUGCUGGCCCACGCCAGUAAGCAGAUUGCGACUUUGAGAAAUCAAGAUCUGAAUAUGCUUAUGACGUCCGCCUAUCGUGACUUGGCGGAAUCGGCCUUCAUAGGCGACAGUGACGAUCAGAAUAACCCUCUGCCGUCUAAAUCGGAAAAGCCUCCUGGGUCGUCCACACCGGAAUGCACUUUGGAAGAGUUGGACUUCGGAGACGUACAGAACAACCUAGCUCCACUGGAAAUUGAUGGUGUCAUGGGUCACCCAGAGAAAGAGUGGUCCCUUCGACAUGUCCUUGGUGGAGGAAGUUUACUGGGGAAAAGCUGCCACGGUGCGUUGAUGUUGGCUGGACAUCCGGAAGAAUUGCAGAAGCAAGGCUAUCUGUUUGGAAAACACAUGUCCCUGGCGUGGCAAGCUUUCAUCGAAUUGCAACCAUUCCUUAUGAGUCAAUUACCACCGGGUGCCCAGUUUAGCUUGGUGUCCGCUCCGGUUCUGUUUCACAUGGAAUAUGAUCCCAGUAUAUAUAAAAUUAUCGAAAAAGGACGGAAGUCGAUAGAGGAUGUUGAUUAUUCCGCUCUGCAUCACGAAGUAUGUCAAGGUCCGGGAUUGGAAAAAACGAGGAACCUCCAGAAAAAGCAUAGUCUAGCAGCUAUGAACGUUCUGGACCGAUUCCCUCCGACGGAUGCCCAGACAGCGCUGCAGAAUAUUAUUCUAGCUAUGCAACAAUUGUGAUUUUUGCAGGAAAUUAUUUCAAUAUUGUCGAUUUAUAAUUUUAAGUGAAAUCAGUGAAAUUUUUUAUACAUAAGUAUUAUACUAAAGAACGGUUUAUUUAUACCCGAUUAAAUAGCGUACCGCGCAUAUACACUGA